ACUGUUUCUGACACAUCUGAUGACUUUAUCACCCAAAAUACGACAUGUCCAACAUCACCAUCCAGCCAGCGAUGCAUGAUGAGAUCACCGCCAUCGUGGAAUUCAUAACAAAGGCCCGAGCGGACAUGUUCCCGUUCCUCGACCAAUCAUCCAGCGAUCAGAUGGCCCAGAAAGAACUCGGCAUUUUCAAGGACAGAUAUCUUGACCAUCCUCAAGGCGCGUUUCUAACAGCUUAUUCCGAGGGGCGCCUGAUUGCGACAAUUGGCUACGUUGCGUACGAUGGGCGCUUCUCACAUUUGACUCUCGAACCCGAGAAUGUCGUCGAGGUACUGAGGUUAUACGUUGAGCCUGAAUGGCGUCGCGCAGGGAUAGCUUCCAAGCUGUUUGACACGCUAGUCGAAACAGCUCGGCAAUCUGGCAUCAAGCAGCUUUACCUGCAUACGCAUCCCUUCCUACCAAACGCGAUCGACUUCUGGAAAGGAAAAGGCUUCUCGAUUCUUACGGUAGAAGAAGAUCCAGUCUGGCAAACGACACAUAUGAAACGGUCGCUCUAGCAGUGAAGUCAGUCACGGUUCUUGUGUCAGACGUGGAGAUCAAGACAUCAUUUAGCGGGGUCAAGUUCAUGACCUGCAUAUGCAGGGAGAGCAAGUUCACCACGACCCGGGCUGAGUCGAACUGCCAGAGACAUCUCUCCAAGUUUCCUUACUUGCUAGACCUGUUAGACAUCAGUGCGAUCAGAAUUAAUCGGAUUGCCACAGAAAAGUCCAACAAAUGAGUAUUGCAGGGUAUUAAUAUUCGUGUCUAACGUUAAACGUGGAUGUUCUUCCGGCUCAUAUCAAUUACAAUAGAUCAUGCCUCCUUCUUGAAUCCGUCUCAGUGCCAUAGAGGGGCACUUAGUAUCGGGUACCACCGUAGCCCUGCUGACCAUAUCCGCCUUGGCCUCCGUAUCCGCCCUGGCCUCCGUAGCUCUGGCCACCGCCAUAGCCCUGAUCUCGGCCACCAUAUCCGCCUCCACCGUAUGAGCUAGAGCCUCCAUGAGAACCGCCUCCAUGUCCGUGUCGGGAGGAGUUGUCAUACUGAGACUUUCCGUAGGCCAAAUCAUCGUCCUUUCGUCGACGUCGCUCAUCACCAGAGUCGGAGUCACUGCUGCUAGUCGAGUCGCCGGUGAAUGCUCGAGGGCGUCCGUCGCGGUGAUGUUUCCUGUUCUUCUCCUUCUUGUGCUUCUUGAACUUGUGCUCGAGGAAGUUUGCGCCAAUGGCACCAGCAGCGGCACUGGCUAGACUGCCGAGAAGACCGCUACCAGCUGUGUGCGCGGCCCAGCCGGCUGCACCGCCUCCUGCAAGUGUAGCACCCAGUCCACGCUCCCCGUCCGGACCUCCCGGGCCACCCGGACCGCCGGGACCACCUGCACCGUCGGGGUAUUGACCAGGCCCGCUGCCGUA